AUGGGAGCUGUAGUAGCUGAUGAUGGCCCAACUGGUGUUAAAGCCCCUGAUGGAGGCUGGGGCUGGGCUGUCCUUUUUGGCUGUUUCAUCAUCACAGGCUUCUCCUAUGCCUUUCCCAAGGCAGUUAGUGUCUUCUUUAAAGAACUUAUCCAGGAAUUUGGCAUUGGCUACAGUGACACUGCAUGGAUUUCCUCCAUUCUGUUGGCCAUGCUUUAUGGAACAGGUCCGCUCUGCAGUGUGUGUGUCAAUCGCUUUGGCUGCCGCCCUGUCAUGCUUGUGGGUGGCCUUUUCGCCUCAAUGGGGAUGGUGAUAGCCUCCUUCUGCACGAGCAUCAUUCAGAUCUAUCUAACUGCAGGUGUGAUUACAGGGUUGGGUCUGGCACUGAACUUUCAGCCUUCACUCAUCAUGUUGAACCGUUACUUUGACAAACGCCGGCCCUUAGCCAACGGGCUGUCUGCUGCUGGGAGUCCUGUGUUUCUUUGUGCUCUCUCACCACUGGGGCAGAUACUGCAACAUGAGUAUGGCUGGAGAGGAGGAUUCCUUAUACUGGGUGGGAUGCUGCUCAACUGCUGUGUAUGUGGAGCAUUAAUGAGACCUUUGGAGCCACCCAAAAAGUCUGAAGCUACCAAAGAACCAACUGAAAAGAAACCGAAGAAAAAGCUCCUGGAUUUCAGUGUGUUUAAAGAUGGUGGUUUUGUUAUCUACACGCUAGCAGCAUCUAUCAUGGUGCUUGGCCUCUUUGUUCCCCCAGUUUUUGUUGUGAGUUAUGCCAAGGAUUUAAAGUAUCAAGACACCAAAGCAGCUUUUCUUCUGACUAUUCUGGGAUUCAUUGACAUAUUUGCUCGGCCUAUUUGUGGAAUGGUAGCUGGUCUUAAAUGGGUUAGACCACGCUGCGUCUACCUCUUCAGUUUUGCUAUGAUUUUCAAUGGCUUUACAGAUCUCAUGGGUUCUAUGUCUGUUGAUUAUGCUGGCCUGGUGGUCUUUUGCAUUUUCUUUGGCAUUUCUUAUGGAAUGGUAGGUGCUCUUCAGUUUGAAGUUCUCAUGGCUAUUGUUGGAACUCAGAAGUUUUCCAGUGCUAUCGGUCUGGUGCUCCUGGCAGAAGCUAUGGCUGUUCUAAUUGGUCCACCAUCAGCAGGCAAACUCCUGGAUGCUACAGGGAGGUACAUGUUUGUUUUCAUUAUUGCUGGAAUUGAAGUUACCACCUCUGCACUCGUAUUGGCCUUGGGAAAUUUCUUCUGCAUUAAGAAAAAAACGGAAGAACCACAGACAAAAGAAGAAGCAGCAGAACGAGAGGAAUUAAACAAAUCUGAAGACAAAGCUCCUGAAGAUGCCAAGGUGGACUCCAUUGAAGUGGAGCAGUUUCUGAAAGAUGAGCCUGAAAAAAACGGCGAAGUUGUAACUAAUCCAGAAACUUGUGUGUGA